CCAUAAUAUAAUAGAUGUUAUAUUGAAAUAUACAUUAAUGCACUCUCAGCGACACUACCUAACCACUUGAAUACGCCAACAGCAACAUAGCCUCCCUGCACGGUUUGAGCCUAUCACGUAAUUCUGGAUGCAACGAAUCAUCUGGAAGCAAUUAAUUGACUGCAUGUAACAGAUGGAUUGCAGAACCAAGCUCCAAACCAAUAUUCUGGCUGAACGGUAUGGCAGGGACGGGCAAAUCAACCAUUUCUCGUACCUUGGCUCAAGUACGAAACAAGUCAGGCGAUCUCGGUGCUACUUUCUUCUUUAAGAGAGGUGUGACUGACCGAGCAAACCUCAAGAAGUUUGUAUCGACGCUUGCUCGCCAGUUGGCUAGAAAUGUUCCAGGACUCGAUAUCCAUGUCAAGGCUGCAAUCGAUGUCGACUCCACUAUUGUUGAAGAAGACACAUCAUUGAGCCACUCUCAAAGGUCCAAAAGGUUCAGUCGUUACUCGUCUUUGUCAUUGAUGCCUUGGAUAAGUGUGAGCGUGAUAGUGAUGUGGCGCUUCUCAUUCGACUUUUCUCAAGAGCUCAGAGUGCCGACUCCCGACUCCGAGUCCUCAUAACUAGCCGACCAGAACUUCCUAUCCGCCUUGGAUUUAACAACAUCAAAGGUACCUACGAAGAUAUUGCCCUCCAUGAGAUUCCCGCAUCGACAAUUAAACAUGAUAUCACGGUCUUCCUUCGGCACAAAUUGAGCCUGAUCAAAAAAGAAUGUGAUCAAUUUCCAGAAGGACCAAAAUUACCACAAGACUGGCCCGGCGAAGUAGCUGUGCUGAAGCUUGUUAUGAUGGCCAUUCCCUUGUUCAUUUUUGCAACAACCACUAAAAUAUCCGCUUUCUUCCUUGAAGAGUUCAUUGCUUUUCGCUAGUCGUGAAUC